CAACAAAAACAUUCAACAAACCUGUUGGAGAGAGAAAUUACACCGUCCCCGUGUGACCUAGUCUGGUCGUUUUGUUUUCGUGUGUUGCAACCCGGUCUUUUUUACAUUCUAUGUAAAACUAGAUCUAGUUUUCUUGGUGUGCAGUUCAAAUAUUUCAUUCUGUGUUGGCUAUUUAGGACAUACCGGCUUAAUCGAUAACAGGAAAUCAUUAGACCUAUUAGACUAAUUAGAGCCAUUGAGGUUCACUUUAAUGUUGGAGCCAGAUUAAAACUCAUCUGCCAGUUUGUAACAUUGAAGUCAACAUCACCAUGGGGACACGAGAAAAUACUGAAGAAAUCGUGAUGACUGCUGUGAAGCGAAAUGGUCAGGCCAUGAUGAGGAUGGAAAGAAAGAAAAAGAAAGACAUCAACUUGAACCAAGUGCACCACAUUGCUGGGGGUCCAUACAAGGGCAUCCUGGUCAAUAAACAAGCUGACACACUGGACACUGUUGACCCCCCAGAAGGUAGAGUGGAGUUUAUGGCUUACCUCAUUCAUGCAGACAGAGACAAUGCUGCUGACCGCUGGACUCUAAGAUUCUGGUUCAGGGGUCAAGCUGAUGGUGUCUCUAAGAAAAAGAUAUUCACAGAUUACUUUUCAGAGUUAAUUAACCCCAAAAACUUACCCAGAAAGUAUGUUGGUUUUGUCAAGAGAGCUCUAGUACUUCUACAAAGUUAUCAGACAGUCAAGAGGCUGGAGCUGGAGGUGGAGGAGGUGACGGAUGUAGAGGAAGACUUACCACCAAUAAAAAGCUUUGUCUCAGUGUUUACUCCAGACUCCUACACUUACCGCUUUGUGCCUGAAGUAUCUGUCGACAAUAAAACUUUCCUGACCUUUAAGAUCAAGGCUAAAUGUGAUGCCCAGAUUGCCCUGUGCGCUAUCUAUGGAUCAGUUGAGCGCAAGGCUUAUGAAAUAUGUCUUGGAGCUGAGGACAAUUCUAAAUCUUUUAUCCGAGAUGGCUCUUUGGGACCAGUCAAGUCGGAAGCCAAAACUAUCAACUUGUUAAGUGAAUCAGAUUUUCAUUACUUCUGGCUGUCCUGGGCGAACAACAAAGUGGAGGUGGGUAAAGGAGCCAAGUACGGGCAUGCCAGAUUUCUCUGCUGGGAUGUUCCUGCCAAUCGUCAGUUCAAAGUGAACAGCAUGGCAGUGGCCACCAGUCGUGCCACUAAAGGGCACUGGGAGUUUGCUGAAAUAAUUGAUGAGAAAGAUUUUCACAGAGAAAGUAAGCGAAAUAAAAUCAAACUCUCCCUCCUCUGGCUGGCCAAGAAACAAAAAAUGUUGCAGAUACUGGAAGAUGCUUACCCCAACAAUAUGUCCACAGACAAACUUUUUAAAACAGCCAAAGUGAAAAAAAAUGAUAGUAUCACAGCUGUGGUCAUGUUGAAAGACCUGGAGAAGAAAGGUCUGAUCAAGGAAGUGGAGAAAGGGAUUUGGUUGAGAAUGCAGACAAAUGAGGAGACAGUCAAACAUGAGGUGUUAUUGGUCCAAGACUUGCCAACUCUAUCCAGUAAAGAGCAGCCUACCAUUGGCAUCAUCACUGGACUGUACCAAGAGAAGCUGGCAGUUGACGCUAUGAUUGAGAAUAAGAGAACUUAUGUCAAGUAUAAAACUGAAGCCAGUAGUCACAAUGCAAUGGGUGAGUCUCAGGUGUAUACCAUUGGAAAGAUUGGUCACCAUCAUGUGGUUUCCACUAAACUAGCCAAGAUGGGGGAGGCUGAAGGAGACAUCAUAGCUGCUGAAAACACUGUCACACGGUUAUUAGGUACAUUUAACAAGAUCCAGCAUGUCCUGCUGGUUGGAGUGGGUGGAGCCGUGCCUCACUACUCAGACUACACUCAACAUGUCAGGCUCGGGGACGUGGUGGUCUCCACUCCUGCAGAUGAUUCUGGAGCCAUUUAUAUUUACUGUUCAAAAGUUGACAAAAUGCCAAACUCAGGCGGCUUCAAUUUUUCUACCAGAAUCUUUUCACCACGAGAAAAAACUCUCAUCAAUGCAGCCAACAAAAUAAAAAAAGAGAGUGAGUCUACAAUCAGCCCACAGAAAACUUGGGAGAAGUUCAUCGAGGAAGGAAAAGAUAUUCUCAGAGGUCAAGAGUCACACUUUCACCGGCCUAUGAUCAAAAGGGAUAAGCUUUUCCUGACCAAAUCCGAUGGCUCAGUCGUCCAAGUGGAUCACCCCAGGCCGCUUUCUUACACGGUGAAAAAUUAUAAAGAGGGUCAGACCAAUAUCAGGUAUGGUGUGGUUGGCUGUGGGCAAUCAGUAGCCAAGACAGAGCCACAGAGAAGGGAGUUUGCCCAGCUGAAUGGCAUCAAGGCAUUUCAUCAAGAACAUGACUUUGUCUUGGAGUCAGUGGAAGGCAAUCGCUGUGACAGUUAUCUGGUGAUCUUAGGUAUGUGUGACUACGAGGAUGGCAGUAAGAAGGAGUGGACCUGUUACGCUGCCCUCGCAGCGGCUGCCUACAUGAAAUCACUGCUGCUGACUUUGUAAAGACAGAAAUGAAUGACUACAAAUAUUAAAUGCUUGAAAUAAUUUCAACGAGAAAUUCCUUUGUACAAUAGACCUUGUAUGACUUUAUAUUGGACUUGUGCUCAACUUAUCCACACAGAGACAAUGAUUUCAGUUUUGGAGUCAGAUGUCAGCCAUAUGGGAAAUAACUCUUCGCUACACUUUUAUUGCUUUCAUUGUAUUUCAUAUUUACAACAAACUUUCUGUGUUAGGAACUGGUCAGUUAGUAGAUGGUCUUCUACAGAUCACACUUGUGUACAUGGAGUUUGGCAUUUGAGAUCUUUUUCUGAGGAACAUCUUCCAGUAAGGAGAAUCCUUAAAAACACCAGAUCUUUACAUGCACUUGUUUGUUGAAGUAUUGCAGUUGUUUUCCUAAGCCCCAAGUAUUUACAGAACUACAGACACAUAUUAGAUCAAUGUAGAUGGUUGAUUUCUAUUUUGAAAACAUAGUAAAUCACUAGACUUCAUCUUCAAGUCUGAAAAUAUUAAGAUAGCUUGCUCAAAUUUAAGUGAAUAGGGAGACCAACUUUGACAUGUAUAUUUUGCCUUUUUUGAUGCUUGCUAAUUGUUCUCUUUUUUGGCAAAGGGAAGUUCUGAUCAAACCUAGAGGAUAUUCACUUUGUAUUGAAUGGCAAAGAAUUUAGAAUCUUAUGAAAGAUAUGCAGAGAAUGUUUAUGUUUUAGGUAAUACUUGAGUGGUGUAAUUCAUUUUCUUAAUUUAUCCAGUUCAUUAUUAUGAUAGCACAAUUUUAUUUGUAAACCAGUUAUGUUUAUUUUUUACUUUAGAAUUUUUUUUGACGAAAGUCUUUUUUUGUGUGUGUUUUUUUUUAAUGUUUUUAAGACAAUCAUGGCAUUUUGUGAUGAAACCACAAACCAUUUCCUGUCUAGAUUAUUGCUAACAUUCUCAGUAUUCUAGGAUUGACUGAUAUUGACUAAUAGUGACACAAGAUAUUUGUUUUUCUGCUCACGUCAUCAGUAUUGGACCAGGUGUAAAGAAACUUGUGAAAAUUGUGAUUGCUCUCAAGUUCUUCAUUUCCUUAGAAGAUGAUACAUGCAAAAAUGUUUGCUUUAAAAGGAUGUUUGUUGAGGAGAUCCUAUUUGAAUGUAACACGUUAUUUCUAGUUUUCAAUUAGAAUUUAUAUUCUAUUUUAUUUCUCCAUAACGUAACACAGCUGUUAUAUGGUUUGAUUGUUGUUGUUUUUUUUUAUAUCCUCACCUAUAGCAGAGUCACAAAUGAUUAGUUAGCAGAAACAGAUAAGAUGGAGAAAUGACUAAAAAGACCGAGUCUAUUAGAUCACCAGUAUCCACUAUAAACAAAUGCUUUUAGUUUUUCUUGCCUCAUAAAACUAGGGGAAAUGAUCAUGUAAAUGUUCAAGAAAUGACAUGAUAUCUUUCAGGUCUACAUUGAACACUUUUUCUGUUAAUAUGACUCCUCUAGUGGCUCUCAGAUAGUUUAUUUUCGAUGUGCACCUAACAACAAGAAACACAAUUGCUUGCUCAAAAGAAUAUCAUCCACCUGGAUUAGCAAAGUUGAUCCUAGUCCUGACAUUUUGAAGCUUUGCUAAUAGCCCUCCAGAUUUACAAACAUUUCGUUGAGAGUUGUUUCAUCUUCCUCUAGCAGUUUUCUUGUUUUCAAGUGCAUUGUUUGAGAGUCACGACUUGGUCAUUUUUGUCAAGAUUUCUUGUUUGGACUAGAAUUGAUAGACAGAUAGUUGUAGUUAGUCUUUUAUUAGAAAGAAUACUUCAAAAUAUUGUUUUCUAUUUACUAUUCUUCUUCUUCUAGCCAGCUUUAUUGCUGCUGAUCUGUGAGGUCUUUUGCAGACUGUGCCCAGGAAAAAAAGCGUGCUGUUUUCUUCAGUUGUUCAGCACUGCCGUACAGGGUGUUGGUUAUGUUGGGCUUUAGAGGAAGUAGGGUCUGCCUAAGGUGGAUUAGGGAGGGGCAUUCAAAGAGGAUAUGGUUGACGGUUUCAAAGGGGUGGGCCCAGUGUCUGCAAAGGGGGAGUUUUGUGGAGUUUAUUUUGUUCAGGUGGUAAUUUAAUAGUGGUGUGUGUCCUGUUCUUAGUUGGAAAAUUGUAGAUUGUUCUUUGCGGGAGAGGAAGUUAAUAGAAAAGUAGAGAAAAUCUAUGAAAGUAACAAGGUUUUUAGACUUAGUCAAUAUUGUCUAUAGUUCCAUCACUGGGGCAUUCAUAUCAUUGAUACUGUUAUUUUGCUGUGACAGUUACUUGUUUCAGGUUGUGAUUUGAUUAGGUUGUGAUUGAUAUCAUGUGUUCAGAACUUUUUUUUUUUCUGUUUUUAUAACAACAAACACAACUUUUGUGCAGUAGGAUACAAGAAUAAUACUAAUAAUCUUUUUAUCAUUUAGGAAAAUUUUCUUACAAUACGUACAUUACACAGGGCUGGCCUUAGGCAUAGGCAAACUAGCCAACCGUGGAGGUAUCGCACAGGACUCAAAACAAUUUUGUUUUAGAGAAGUUCAAGCCAAAUCUGUGCUCAUUGUUAUUGCUGGAGUACACUAGGUUAUAGAUUGCAUCAUUUUUCAUUUUUUCGCUUUUUUUGUUAACAUUUUUUCUAUUUCUUUGGCGCCACCAAAUUCAUUUCGCCUAGAGCCUCCUAUCAUCUGAGUCCGGCCCUGCAAUACACCAUACAAAACAUUAUAAAUAAGGCGUGCUAUGAGUCCGAAGAUUUAUGAGGAAUGCAGUAUUUUCCGUGGCUACGCAGCCCCAGCUGUGACCUAUGAUUCACAAAAAAUUUACUUGUGAAAUGUUUAUAUCAGAUGAAUUGUACAACUACAGCUUUCUGCAACUGUAGAUCAAUUUAUUUUUUUCUUUCUCCACUCUAUUUCCAUGUUCCAAACUGAAAUCUCAAGUGUGAUAACUCUUGUAUACUUCAUUACCUGCUUUCAUACAUAACUUUAUGAUCUCCCUUGUCUGCUGACACAUGACUUAUUUAAUAUUGUUAUUAUUUUCUACAAUGAUAUCAGGUUAUUUCUGUAUUUGUAAAAUAGUUCUGUAUAAAAUAUUACAGUGCUGUACUUUUCCAAAUUUUCCUGUAUUUCUGGAUCAGUUGAUGGCUUGUGCUUUCUUUUAUUCAGCCAACUAGAUUCUCUUAUAUGUAAGGCUGCAUCUUUGCUGAUUGUACAAUUUAUACUAAAAAAUAUUCUAAAAGAUAAAUAUAAAUAAAAUACAAUUCAAAUUCAAAAA